UCAGCUGAGUUCAGAAAGUAAACAGAGUUCCACACUGCAGCAUGCUGUCUGCGGGACGGGGACUGCAGCUGGGGCAAACCCACGGGGGCACCCUCACAAUCCCCUGGACCAGCACCUUUAUCUGUGGGACAGAGGGCUGGCUCCUCUUCAUCUCCCUCUUCAUCUUCAUUUCCUUACCCCAAGGGACAUCAUGGCCCUACGAUUACAGGUAUUUGUACAACCACUGCCCGGGCCCAGAGUGGAACGUUUUGUGCAGAGGCUGUUGUGAGUAUGAUGUGAUCCGCUGUAAGUGCCCCAUCCAGGGGACUCCGGUGGGCUAUGCUGUGCCCUGCUGCCGCAAUGCCAUCAACGAGUGUGACCCCUGCAUCAUCCAUCCAGGCUGCAGUAUAUUUGAGAACUGUAAGCGCUGCAACAAUGGAACAUGGGGUCCAAGGGAUAACUUUUUCGUCAAUGGCAAAUACUGUGCUGAGUGCCGCCCUGGCUGGUCUGGUGGAGAUUGCAUGAAGUGUGGGGGAGUGAUCCGUAAACGACAGGGCCACUUGGUGCUGGAGAGUUAUCCCAACAAUGCUCGGUGUGAGUGGACCAUACAGGUGGACCGUCCCUUUACGAUAGAUCUCAGGUUCAUGAUGCUGUCUCGUGUAAUAGGUCGAUUCUGUGGGAACAAUAGACCUGAUCCAAUUCAGAGCUCAGGCAACAGUCUACAUGUCCUCUUUGUGUCCGAUGGUUACAAGAAUUUUGAUGGUUUCUUUGCCACUUUUCAGGAGAGCUCAGCUUGCAGCUCCUCCCCUUGCCUGCAUGAUGGGACUUGUAUCCUGGACAGUUCUUACACUUACCAUUGUGCCUGUCUGGCUGGAUACACAGGAAAGAGGUGUGAAAAUGUGGUGGGAUGCCGCAGGCCUCCGGUGCCCACCCAUGGAUCCACAGAGGGUGUGUUUCAUCACUCGGGUGCACGCAUCACUUUCCGUUGUGACUCUGGCUUUAAGCUGCAGGGACAUCGAACUGCCAUCUGCCUGACUGAUGGCACAUGGAGUGCGCCUGCCCCACAGUGUGUGCCAGUGGAAAGAGUCUGUCCUCUACCAGCCAAGCCGACACAUGGUGACCACAUCUUGGUUUAUGGACCCAACGAUGUGCUCAUUGCUCUACAGUACCUAUGCUACCACCCCUAUGAGCUCAGUGGGGGCUCCCAGAGAACCUGUCUGCCUAACAACACCUGGAGUGGGACUCCUCCUGUUUGUACCAAAGUGAAUAACACACUCACUGAAGCAGAUAAGGACAAAUACAAGGCAAAAGAGGAAGAAAAAGAAACAGAAAUAUACACUGACAAAGAUAUCAGCAAAACUAAAGAGAAAGGUCAAGUGAACACAACUGGAGAAAAAGAAAGUGUUAGAGGGAAAGAUAUAAACACUGGCCACGGGAAUACAACAGCUGUCAACAGAGAAGAUAAAUAUAAUGGUACUGUUCCAGAGAAAACUGUGGCUGAGGAUACGAAUGAUGGAAAGCCAGAGGAAAGAAAUACUGGGUCAGAAAAAUCUACUGAAGGUAGCAAAGAUAAAGUGGAUACCAAAGACCCAGACAACAGCCUCAACACGGUUGAAAAGAAAGAACCUGAGGUCGUAAUGCCCCCUGAGAAAAAAAAAGGCAGCACAGACACAAACUUGGAGACAGGAAAGACAGAUAUCACAGAAAUAGUGGUGAUAAAAGACAAAGGACAAGAAGAGAAGGAGAGGAAAGAGGAGCAGGUGAAUGGAAAAAAAGAUCCAGGCAAAGUCGGCCCCAAUGACACCAAAUUCCCGACGGUAUCUGAGGGAGGAAACACAGUGGAGAUAUUUGAACUGGAAAUGACAAAGAAUAACACAUUUACAUAUGAUGUCAAUGACAUGAAGAAAGAAAACAAUACAAUAGGUUCCCCAGAGCCGGGGAGGAAAAUCAUUCCCACCAGAGUCAAUAUUACACAGUAUACCAUGUACAGAGCAGGAGGUGAGGAAAGUGGGAAACCAAAGGAAAAACCAACAAUUAAAGAGGGCAGCACAGAGAAGAAUUCUGCUGAGAAAACAAAGGAGGAAUUGGAUAAGGAAAGGGAGGAGAAAGAAAAAGAAAAAGAGAGAGAAGUCAACCAAAGCUUCACCGAGAAGAGUUGCCCGCCUCUACCUCGCCUCUACCAUGGCUAUCAACAGCUGGUGCCAGGGGUAGAGACUGAGACAGUGGAGUUCAUGUGUAACCACUCCUAUGCUCUCAGUGGUGACGCCCGACGUAGCUGCCAGCCAAAUGGUACCUGGAGUGGCAAACAACCCCACUGUGUUAGAGCCUGUCGGGAGCCCAAAGUUUCAGAAUUGGUUAGACAGAGAAUUCUUCCACCUCAGACACCAUCCAGAAAGACACCUGUGCACAAGCUCUAUUCCUCUGGGCUGGGCCGAAAGCUCCAGUCUGACGGUCCCACUAGUAGCCCUCCAGUGCUUUCCCAGUUGCCCCAGGGCUUCCAUCACCUUUACACACAUAUAGAGUAUGAGUGUGCUUCUCCUUUCUACCAACACUCUGGCAGUUCUCGCCGUACUUGCUUGAAGACUGGGAAAUGGAGUGGGCGUCAUGUCUCCUGUUCACCAGUGUGUGGGAAGCAUCCGACCUUUGACCCAAAGAGGCCGGCAGAGACUCACUGGCCUUGGCUGGCAGCCAUCUACCGCCGCUCCACCAAUGGAGUUGCGACCAAGGUGACCAAGGCAGACAGCCAGGCAGGGUCUCUGAAGGAGGAUGGCGGAGCAGGAACUGGCAACCCAAAUCAGGCCUCUGACUGGCAGCUGGUGUGCAGUGGGGCUCUGGUGAACCAAAGGAGUAUAGUGGUUGCAGCCCACUGUGUGACAGACCUGGGGAAGGUGUAUCCUCUAGAUGCAGCCAAGAUCAAGGUGGUGGUGGGGAAGCAUUAUCGUGAUGAUCAAAGGGAAAAUAAAGGUCUUCAACACCUGAGGGUGGCCUCCAUUGCAGUUCAUCCAAACUAUGACCCCCAUAUUCUUGACUCGGACAUUGCUGUCGUCAAGUUACUAGACAAAGCAAGGAUUGGGGAGAAAGUGCUUCCACUCUGCCUUUUAGACAACCAGGGAGAAGAGGUGACCUCUGGGCAAGGACUUGUGACAGGCUGGUCUCCACUGCCCGAUUCAAGUUUAGGUGCUGAUGAGAGGGCAAGGGUUGGGCUUGUUGAACUUGCUGAUGUAGUCCCAUGUGAGCGCCAGUAUGCUCGUAAUGGCGUGCCGGUCAGCGUCACAGAAAAUAUGCUCUGUGCUAGCCAGAAGCCUGACUAUGGACCCUCUAACAUAUGUCCCUCUGACACUGGGGGAAUCCUUGUCCUCCCUGCCCUCUCUGAGAACAACCAGAUGCCUUCUCUCACUUUUACACAGGUGCAGGGGGAGAGCAAAGGGCUGUGGAGACUUUUGGGACUGGUGAGCUUUGGCUAUGACCAAGGGGAGUGUGAUCCAGACCUCUACACGGUCUACACACAUGUAGCUAACUUCAAAAACUGGAUAGAGAGUAAUAUGAAAUAAAAAUCCUACUGUAUGACUCACCCUAUUCCCACAGUGCUUCUAAAAUAUUUAAAUGCCUUUAUAUUCUACUGUCCUCUCCCUUAUGUUUGUCUGCUUUUCAGUCUAUUCAUCCUCUCUAAUCUUAUCUUUUUUUCUCAUGCACAAGGGCAUUUUCUUACUAACUGCAGAAGCAACACUGGACAACACAGUGCUCUAACUGAAGGGGGUGCUAACACAUUACAUGUGUCGGACCUCAACCUUACAUCAUUCAGUGUUCAGGUCCCUCAACCUGAGGUUACAGACUUGAAAAUGACCAGAAAACCAUUCAAAGUCUCUGGCUGUUAAUGGUUUUGUAAUGGUAUUGUACUCAUUGCUAUGUAUAUAUGUUGUAAUGUACUGAAUUAUUCUAUCAAUUCAUAUGAUGCAAGAGAUGUAUAUAUUGUAAUGAAAGACAGAAAAAAUCAUGACGUUUUUAAUUAAAGGAAAUGUGGGUGUGGUAAA